CCCAUCGUCAUCAGUCGUUUAUUCGCGUCCGACGGUAACAGAUGUGACCCAAUGUGUCUCCCAAAUAGGGUGCCCGUGCAACAAUACACUACCAAUCUGCUGCAAGACAUAGACAACGGCAGUUUGAGUACAUAUUCCGACAACUGAACUGCGACUUGUGUGUAGUGGGUCCGCGUGCGAAUUCGCGAGUGAACUCUAAUUGAAAUUGUUUCUGUGACCAGUUCAUCGUCGUAAUGGUGUUGAUAAGCGAGCUGAUAGUGGCUGCCCUGCUGGGGCUUGUAAUCUAUCGCUUCUAUCGGUAUCUGUUCGAGCGGCCUUCGCCAAACUUCCCACCUGGACCGCCGAGGCUGCCACUGCUGGGAGGAUACCCGUUCCUGUUGGCCCUGAACUUCCGCCAUCUGCACAAGGCCGCGGCCAAACUGUCCCAGCUGUACAAGAGCAAGCUGAUCGGUCUCUAUCUGGGACCGCUGCCGGCGGUCAUCGUCAACGAUUACGACACGGUCAAGGAGGUCCUGACCCGGUCGGAUUUCGAUGGACGUCCGGACCUGUUUAUGGCGAGACUUCGCGACGAACACUUCCAGCGGAGAGGAAUCUUUUUCACGGAUGGGGACAGCUGGCGCGAGCAGCGCCGAUUCUUCCUGAAAACGUUGCACCACUUUGGCUUUGGACGGCGUAGUCCCGAGGCGGAAGCGGACAUCCAGGCCGGAUUGGAGGACGUGAUCAGUCUUCUGCGCGAUGGACCAAAGUACGAUCACGAGAAGGCACUGGUCGACGAGUCCGGGUUCGCGCUCUGUCCAACCGUAUUCUUCGCGGUCUUCUCCAACGUACUACUGAAGAUGAUCGUCGGGGUCCGAUUGCCACGGGAAGAUCAGGGUGUGUUAUUUGAAGUCGGUAAGAACGCCAUCGCCUUCCAUCGCAACGGAGAUGACUACGGGAUGGUACUGAGCUACAUUCCGUGGAUUCGGCACUUGUUCCCGGUGGCUUCCAAGUACGACCUGUUGCGGAAAGUCAACCAGCAGGCAAAUGCGGUGGUGCUCAGUUUGGCGCAAAAGUGCGAGAAGACCUACGAUGAGAACGAUAUGCGCUGCCUCGUGGAUGCCUACAUCAAGGAGAUGAGAGCCAGCGGUAGCGAUGGGGCUUCCACAGGAAAGGACGAAUUCGGUUUCCAAUAUGAUCAGUUGGUGAUCGGCUGCGCCGAUUUUCUCGUACCACCCUUUUCGGCCAUCCCGGCCAAGAUCUGUUUGAUAUUGGAACGUCUCAUCCAGCACCCGGAAGUGCAGACCAAAAUGUACCGCGAACUGAACGAAGUCGUUGGAACGAACCGCCUCCCCACGCUGGACGAUCGAGCAGGUCUCCCGUACUGCGAAGCAGUUAUCCGGGAAGGUCUUCGCAUCGACACCCUGGUCCCUUCGGGUAUCCCACACGUCGCCGUAAACGAUACCGAGCUUCACGGUUAUCAAAUUCCCAAAGGAACCGUCAUUAUCAACUCGCUGAAUUUCAUCCACCACCAACCGGAGCUCUUCCGAGACCCGAACUUAUUCAUGCCAGAGCGAUUCCUAAAUCAGGAUGGCAAGCUGGCGCUCGAUCAAGAUCGCUCGAUACCGUUCGGAGCGGGCAAGCGUGUCUGCGCCGGUGAACAGUUUGCCCGAAAUGCACUCUUCCUGGCCCUUACGGCGCUGGUUCAGAACUUCACCUUCCAUCUACCGAACGGUAGCACCACUCCUGACCUGGAAGCACGCAUCACCGGCGUCAUACGCACAACGCCCGACUUCCGACUAAAGUUUUCUUCCGUACGAAUCAAAAGUAUCUCAAGAAACACCAUGUUCGUAACACCGACCAUCUUUCUGUGGUUGAUAACGGUCGGUUUGAUUGCCAUCCGGUGCUACAAGUUCCUAUUUGAUAAGCCGAAAAACUUCCCCAGUGGACCGCCGCGAAUUCCGUUCCUGGGCGGCUAUGCCAUCCUGCUGAUGAUCAACUUUCGGCACGUUCACAAGGCUGCGGCCAAGUUGUGCGAGUACUACAAGACCAACAUCCUCGGCAUUUACCUGGCCAGCUUUGAAACGAUUGUGGUGAACGAUUUGGCCAUUGUUAAGGAAGUGCUGAAUCGAGUGGAGUUCGAUGGCCGUCCGAACCUGUUCCUGGCCCGGAUGCGGGAGAAGAACUUCCAGCGCAGGGGGAUCUUCUUCACCGAGGGUCCCGACUGGAAGGAGCAGAGACGGUUCAUUCUGCGCUAUCUGCGCGACUACGGGUUCGGCCGGAGGUUCGACGAGCUGGAAGCGGAAACCAAUUCGGAAAUUCUCACAUUGAUCGAGAUGCUCCGGUAUGGGCCGAAGCACGCGCACGAGAGUGAGUUCAUGACGAAGGAUGGCGGUUACGUGAUGUGUCCGAAUGUGUUCUUCGCGUGCUUUGCCAAUGCAUUUCUGCACGUGCUGUCCGGGGAGCGGAUCAACCGAGACGAGGCCGGAGUGCUGUUCGAAACCGGCAAGAACGCCAUGAUGUUCCAGCGGACCGGUGACGACUACGGGACGAUCUACAGCAUGCUACCGUGGACGCGGUACAUCUUCCCCAACCAAACCAAGUUCAAAACGAUCCGCGAGGGAAGCCUCGGAGUGAACCGGUUCAUCGAGUCGAUCAUCCAGAAGCGAUUGGAAAGCCACGAAGAGGGCCACGUUCGCUGCUUCCUGGAUCUCUACUUCAACGAGAUGAAGAAAACGGCUCCCCUCGAGGGCGAUGCCUUCGGUUUUCAGCAUGAUCAGCUGGUCCUCGGCAUCGUGGACUUUUUCUUCCCGUCCAUUUCCGGUGCGACAACGCAGAUUGCUUUGCUACUGGAGCGACUUCUCUGGCAUCCAGAGGUCGUCCAGAAGAUGCAAGCCGAGAUCGAUGAUGUCGUGGGCCAUGGACGACUCCCGUCGCUGGACGAUCGCAUCAAUCUGCCCUUCACGGAGGCAACCCUUAGGGAAGGCAUGCGAAUCGACACCCUCGUUCCGUCGGGAAUCGCCCACUGUGCCAUGGAGGAUACAACCCUGGCCGGCUUCGACAUUCCCAAGGGAACCAUUGUGCUGCUGGGUCUGGACUACAUUCACAUGCAAACAAGCAUUUGGGGUGAUCCGGAGAAUUUCCGACCGGAGCGGUUCUUGGACCAUCAGGGAAAACUAUCGCUGGCCAAGGAUGUGUCGGUACCGUUCGGAGCCGGAAAGCGGCUUUGCGCCGGGGAGACAUUUGCUCGGAAUACGUUGUUCCUGAUCGUGUCGGCAUUGGUGCAGAGCUUCAAUCUUAAACAACGACCGACGGAUAAGCUGCCGGACUUCGGGAAGAGAUCGACUGGAGUGAUAAUCACGCCUCCCGACUUCUGGAUUAAAUUUGAACCACGAUAA